AUGCACACAAACCUAGUUUUGUGGAGCGUUUGGCAGGAUAGACCUCGGUUUGGCUUUAGAAGCGCCGCGAAUUUUACUGGGAAAGUCGAGUUCGUACCGAAACGGAGAGUCUGCAAACAGGUUACAAUGCAGCGACGCGGUUCCAGCUCCAGAUCCCAUGGGCGCCUCCGAUGUGCCGAGAAUGAUCUUGCGUGGUAUGCACGGGCACGGACAGUCUUUUACAACACACUGAGUAGGCGCAAGGAGCCUUUCGAGACGAGCUCGGCGGACGGCGUCGUUCGCUUCUACUCGUGCGGACCGACAGUUUACGACUAUGCGCACAUUGGCAACUUUCGUGCCUUUCUCACAUAUGAUCUCGUCAAGCGCUGGCUAAUGUUUUGUGGGUACAAGGUACGUCAUGUCAUGAAUAUAACAGAUGUCGACGACAAAAUCAUCCAGAGGUCUCAGCGGGAACAGCGUCGCGCGGAGGAUAUCACUCGACAAUUCGCUGCGGAAUUUUUCCAGGAUCUCAAGGCCCUCAACAUCAUUCCAGCAGAUGCGUAUCCCUGUGCAACAGCGCACAUUGAUGAUAUGGCUGAUCUGGUGAGGGAGCUCCUUUCGCGAGGCUUCGCAUACAAACUAGGCGACUCUGUGUACUAUUCGGUUGAGAGAUUUGCCCGAUACGGCACGCUGGCGCGAAUAAAUUUUGAGAGCUUGUUGUCUUCAAACGGUGAAGAAGAGGAUGCAGGCCCACACACUGCUUUGAAACGAGAUCCACGAGAUUUUGUUCUCUGGAAAGGUCACAAGCCGGAUGACGGUGAUGUCAAAUGGGAUACGCCUAUUGGGUGCGGUCGGCCCGGCUGGCACACGGAAUGUGCAGCAAUGGCAAUGAAGUAUCUAGGCUCGAGCGUCGAUAUCCAUGCCGGAGGCUCAGAUCUGGUGUUUCCGCAUCAUGAAAACGAAAUCGCACAAUGCGAAGCGGUAACCGGAACGAUGUUCGCUCGAUUCUGGAUCCAUAACGGAUUCGUGAAUAUCAAUGGGGAGAAAAUGAGCAAGAGCCUGGGGAACUAUAUCACUUUGCGUGAUCUGGUCCGCGAUCCGCUGGAUGCUCGUGCGUUCCGCUACGCCGUUAUCACAUCCUUGUACCGAAUGCCGCUGAAUUUCACUGACGAUACUCUGGGAGCAGCGGCAACGACACUUCGCCGACUGGAUCUGUUCCGAAAGAGCAUCAUUGACUUGGAACGAUCAGAAGCAAGCACACCGGGUCAAAAGGCUGAUCAAGGACUGCGAGCGAGCUGUGAAGCAUACCUGCGUGAUUUUUGCGACCACAUGGCGGAUGAUCUGAACACAGCUCGUGCUGCAGCGGUGAUCUUCGAAGCGCUGCGGCAUUUCGAAGCGCUCCGCCGCGAUGCGCGAUUACGCCCCGCAGACGCGAGUCUGAUUCUCGGAAUGCUUCGUGAAAUGGACCGCGUUUUUGGUGUAUUCUACGAACCGGAGCUCGCGCAUUUGUCUGAAACCAGUGAACCAAGUUCGACCGGAAUCCCACCCGAAGUCCUCGAACUUGCGCGACUUCGAGCAGAUGCCCGUGCCCGAAGGGAUUUUGCUAUGGCAGACAAGUUGAGGGAACAGUUGAGAUUGUAUGGCUUUGCGGUGCGAGAUACCGCUCAAGGCCCCGAAAUCACAAGACUCUCUUAA